AUGGAAAUGGAAGAAGAGAAGGAUUUGCCUCUGUUAUUGGGAACCCCUUUCCUUAGUACAGUUGGCGCUUCAAUAGACUUUCACAAGCAAGAAGUGAUCCUUCACAAGGUGAAUAGUUUGGUGUCAUAUCGCUUGCAGCCUAGAGGUUCAGACUUUUGUGCCACAAUUGACAGUACCAAUCUCAGUUCUAAGAGUCAUGGAGCUACAAAGGUUGUGAAGGAAAGGGUUGACAAAGAACCAAGAGUUGGGAAGGAUAAGGAUGAGAGAGGACCAAGGAUUGAGAAGCCACGUCUUGAGAGGGCUAGAGUUGAGAAACCACGUCUGAUAGGCCAAGAGCUGAGAGACUUGUUCAAGCCCCUUGUGUGCUUGAUGAAGAGAGCCUUCAAGCUUUGUUUGAUGAGCCACUAG